CUGCGGGCAGCGAGAGCUCCUCGGGCGGGCGGAGCGCGGCGGGCCCGGGGUGACUCCGCCGGGAGCCGCUCCGGGCCCGGCCGCCUUUGGGCUCCCGGGGGCGGGGCCGGGCGCGAGCCGGGAGCGCGCGCGGCCCCGCGGGGAGAGAGGGCGGGAAAGCGGCGGCCCGCGGGGGGAAGGGCGCGCGCAGAGCCCGCCCCGGCGCAGUCCUCAACCAGGUCGGACCCACGGCAAUAAAGGGAGGAGCAGGGGGAGAGAAGCGACACUGAGCAGUGGUCGAUUGUAGCAGGAUCAUGUCUGGCAGGGGUAAGGGCGGCAAGGGGCUCGGCAAGGGCGGCGCCAAGCGGCACCGCAAGGUGCUCCGCGAUAACAUCCAGGGCAUCACCAAGCCGGCCAUCCGCCGCCUGGCUCGGCGCGGCGGCGUCAAGCGCAUCUCGGGGCUGAUCUACGAGGAGACGCGCGGCGUGCUGAAGGUGUUCCUGGAGAACGUGAUCCGCGACGCCGUCACCUACACGGAGCACGCCAAGAGAAAGACGGUGACUGCCAUGGACGUGGUGUACGCCCUCAAGCGCCAGGGCCGCACUCUGUACGGCUUCGGCGGCUAAAUUCUGUUCCAGUUAUAACUUAACACAUUUACAGCUCAAAGGCUCUUCUCAGAGCCACCCACAAAUUUCAAAAAAAGAGCUUUAUAUCA